UGUCUAACACCGGCGGAGCAACGGCUGGCAAAUCAUCAUCAGCAUGAAGUGUCUCAAUAUCGCGAGCAUAGCUCUAUCAAGCGUCGUUCUGGCGACAGCCAAAAUCACCCUCCCCAAUGGCUGGUUCAAGAUUGCCCCGGACGACAAAAUCGCCCACAACACCUUUGGCGACAAACCACGUUAUCUGACCUGGGUAGGUCCGGAGGGCAGAAGGCAUGGUGA